AUGUCUGCUUCGGAUUGCACUGCUAUCCUCUGGUCUUCCGUACAACUCGGACGCCUGCGUGGUUCCCGUAACAUCGGGUAUCUCGCUGCCCUGCGGUUAUUGGCUGCUGGAUCGACAGUGACUUUCCUUUUGCGCUCGCCCAGCGUUUUCAACGACGACGCCCGAGUGCAAGAAUACGUCAAGUCCGGAAAGGCUUUUCUUGUUCAGGGCGAUGCGCUCAAACAGUCCGACGUACAAAAUGUCUGGGCUGAGGCGUCGAAACAUGGAGACGUCGAUGUGGUCCUAUUCACAGUCGGCGGUACUCCCAAAUUCCACCCACUCAAAGGCGCCGUGAUUACCCCAGCAAACCUCGUCACGCAAUGCUUUCUAAACCUCAUUUGCACCAUACCUCAUACCGCAACCCCCAAAAUCGUCGCAAUAUCAUCCAAGGGGCUCACACGCGAAUCUCACGCAAGCCUGCCUCUCCUUUUGAAACCCAUAUACGGGUAUCUACUCGAUGCCCCUCACAAGGACAAAAUGGGGAUGGAGCGGGUGAUUGCUUAUUGCGCUGGUUGGGAUUGGAACACUAAGGAUGACGGAGAACCUGACGAGAAAAUCAUGGGCCCUACCUGGAGGGAGAGAGAAGGUUUACCUGCAGCCGGGUCAAUGAAGAACAUCAUGGUGGUGAGACCCGCUUUUCUCACCGACGGGGCCUGUCUUGCGGACCGCUCAGACAAGCCUGCCUAUCGAGUUAGUGACAAGGAAAUGGGUGGAUAUACAGUUUCUAGGAAGGAUGUUGCUCAUUUUGUGGUGGAUGCAGUUUCUAACCGGUGGAAUGAAUUUGUGGGCAAACGUAUCUCCAUCGUCUACUGA